AUGACCGUCACCUACACCAACCGCGUGGCCGAUGCCCGCCUGGGCACCUUCUCGCAGCUGCUGCUCCAGUGGAAGGGGAGCAUCUACAAACUGCUCUACUCCGAGUUCCUCAUCUUCAUCGCGCUUUACUUCACCAUCAGCCUCGUCUACAGGCUGCUGCUGAGCGAGAGCCAGCGGGUGAUGUUCGAGAAGCUGGCGCUCUACUGCAACAACUACGCCGAGCUCAUCCCCGUGUCCUUCGUGCUGGGUUUCUACGUGGCCCUGGUGGUGUCCCGUUGGUGGGCGCAGUACGAGAGCAUCCCAUGGCCCGACCGCAUCAUGAACCUGGUCUCGUGCAACGUGGACGGGCAGGACGAGUACGGGCGGCUGCUGCGCCGCACGCUCAUGCGCUACGGCAACCUGUGCAGCGUGCUCAUCCUGCGCUCCGUCAGCACCGCCGUCUACAAGCGCUUCCCCAGCAUGGAGCACGUGGUGCGGGCAGGCCUCAUGACGCCUGAAGAACACAAGAAGUUUGAGAGCUUGAACUCGCCCCACAACAAGUUCUGGAUCCCGUGCGUGUGGUUCUCCAACCUGGCGGUGAAGGCGCGCAACGAGGGGCGGAUCCGGGACAGCGUGCUGCUCCAGGGCAUCCUCAACGAGCUCAACACCUUGCGCAGCCAGUGCGGGCGGCUCUACGGGUAUGACUGGAUCAGCAUCCCCCUGGUCUACACGCAGGUGGUCACCGUGGCUGUUUACAGCUUCUUCCUGGCGUGUCUCAUCGGGCGGCAGUUCCUGGACCCAGAAAAGGCCUAUCCCGGCCACGAGUUAGAUCUCUUUGUACCUGUGUUCACCUUCUUGCAGUUCUUUUUCUAUGCUGGCUGGCUCAAGGUGGCUGAGCAGCUCAUCAACCCUUUUGGGGAGGACGACGACGACUUCGAAGCCAACUGGCUCAUCGACAGGAACCUGCAGGUCUCCCUUAUGGCAGUGGACGAGAUGCACCAGGAUCUGCCCCUUCUGGAGAAGGACCUGUACUGGAAUGAGCCUGACCCGCAGCCACCCUACACGGCAGCCACCGCUGAGUACAAGCGCCCCUCGUUCCUCGGCUCCACCUUUGACAUCAGCAUGCAGAAGGAAGAGAUGGAGUUCCAGCCGCUGGAGCAAAUCAAGGAGAACGAGGAGGCCAACCACUCCACGCCGCUGCUGGGACACCUGGGCCGCCUGCUGGGCGUCCACUCGCCGACCUUCUCCAGGUCGUCGUCCCGCAUGAACCUGCUGCGCCGGCGCGGGGAGCCCCCGUCGCCCUUCGCCCACUACACGUACCAGGACGUGGCGAAGCCCGGCAGCCCCUGCGGCACCAACCAGCCGCGGGGAGACGCCAGCGCCCAGGAGCAGUGGGAUGGCGAGGACGGAAAGCUGAGGGACUUUGAUGCCUUCAUGUCAACCCCCUUCUACGAGAGGCCCGGCUUCUACAGCGCCCCGCAGACCCCCAUCAGCUCCAUCCCCAUGAUCUUCCCGUCAAGGCGGCAGGGCCGCAAGAAGCCGCCCGCGCUYUCCAGCAUCGCCGCGUGCUCCACAUCUCUUCGGGACGUCGUCGCCAACUCGCCUUCCAGGGUGAGCGACACCUACAAGAGCCAGAGCUCCAUCGGCUCCGCGCUGAAGGAAACGUUCGUCUGGCCCGCGGCAGAGCGGGGCAAAGCGCCCGACACCCUCGUGGUGACCGUCGAGGAAGAGCAGAGCGGCCUGAGCAAUAGCAGCAGAGAAGCUGCCGCCUUGGGGAGCCCGGGAGCUCAGUCCUCAGCGUCAGGGAGCCCUAAAUUCCCCUGCCUGGCAGACUCCCCGGAGCACGAGAAGCAGGGCAGCUUCAGGAGCCUGAGGAGCCCAAAAGGCUGCCCCCCUCCCUGGCUGCCGCUGGAGAACGCAGCGGCCGCCACCCCCRGCUCGGAGCACUCGAGCGCCUUUCACACCCCCAGCAACAAGACCCCCGGCGGCAGCGCCUCCCUCUGCUUUUCCUUCACCCCGCUGACGUCCCCCGUGCUGGAGAGGUCCCACGCGGGGAGCGCGGGCCCUGACGCUCACAGCCUGAGUUCAGAGGAGGCCACCACUGCUCCAGAGCAGCAUCCCGAGGUGCCAGGGCUUGCGAGGGACAGCGGGAACRGCAGCACCGCCCUCCCUGCCGCCAAAGAGCCGAGACGCGCCGAGAACCCUUCUCCCAACGACUCCGGCAUCUCCCUAGCGGAGGGCGACUACGUGGGGCUCAUGGAAGUGAUCUUGGAAACGAGUGAAGGCGCCUGCGAUGAGUAG